AUGGGCGAUCCCCAAUCCCUGCGCGAACACUUCCGCGAGCUGCGCUACCGGAUUCUCAUCUGCAUCGUUGCCCUGUUAAUUGGGGCUUGUAUUGCGUUCUACUUCUAUCAGGACAUCAUCGGAUUUCUGGUGGACCCAGCCCGGAAUGUCGUUGGCGACGAUGAGUGGACGCCCAUUUAUACGGAAGUUACCGAGUUGCUGGGCACCACCAUAAAAAUCUGCAUGCUGGCCGGAUUUGUACUCGCCCUGCCCGUAAUCUUCUAUCAGGGGAUCCGGUUUGUCUCCCCUGGGCUCACCCCCCGCGAACGAAAGGUGUUGUUUUCUUUCCUGCCUGCUGCGGUUUUGGCCUUCGUGGGCGGAAUGGCUUUCGGCUAUUUCGUCAUGAUCCCUCCUGCCCUGCGGUUCCUGCUCACCUUCGGAGGCGACGUUGCCGAGCCAUUGAUACGCAUCAGCAACCUCGUCAACCUCAUGGUGCGCCUGCUGUUCUGGUUGGGAAUAUCGUUUGAAACUCCCCUGGUGAUGUACGUCCUGGCAGCCCUGGGAGUGGUCAGCGCCAGCGCCUUUGCUCGAUUCAGGCGUCUCUGGUUGGUGGUGGCCUUCGUAUUAGCGGCGGCUAUCACCCCCACCAUCGACCCGAUCAAUCAGGCCAUCGUUGCCGGCCCGUUGAUCAUCCUGUACGAACUGGGGGUGCUGUUGGCCCGUUUUGCCGGACGUCGCAAAUCGUCAUCAGCGGCCCUCAGCGCCAACGCCACCGGCGACUAG